AGAAAACAACAGAAACAGAACAUUGAUUUGGGGACAUUGAUUUGAUUAGGGUUUCUGUUUUCACUUCUCUCCGUUGUCUUGUCUCACAGUCACUCACACACACACAAACACAUCAAUGGAAGCCAUCACAGAGGGAGUGAACAACAUCAAUAUCGCUGAUUCUAUUAAGAAGAAUCGUAUUCAGGUCUCCAACACCAAAAAACCACUCUUCUUCUACGUAAAUCUCGCCAAGAGGUAUAUGCAACAGCAUAAUGAGGUUGAGCUUUCAGCACUAGGAAUGGCUAUUGCAACAGUGGUUACUGUUGCGGAAAUUUUGAAAAACAACGGGCUUGCUGUUGAGAAGAAAAUCAUGACUUCAACAGUUGACAUUAAAGAUGAUUCGAGAGGUAGACCUGUCCAAAAGGCCAAGAUUGAAAUAUUACUUGGGAAGACUGCAAACUUCGACGAGUUGAUGGCUGCUGCUGCGGCAGCUGCAGAAAACGGUGAAAAUGGAGAUAAUGAAGAGCACACUGCAUGAAGUUGAUCUAUAUCACCUGUCUUGGGUUAAGUUAUGUCCUCUUGAAUGAAUUGUUUGUUUGUUGUUAGUAGAUAGCAGGGAACUUAUAAUUUGUUAUAGACUCACUUGUAAUGUUGAGCUCUACCUAAUUCCUUCAUUUCUUUUUCUUAUAAAUAGAAGCUUUUAUAUUUA